AUGUCCUACUUCAAGACCGAAUACCAGCGGUUCCUGGAUAACCCCAGGACCGCUAAAUUGGCCGACGAUGUGUCCUUGAUCUAUGUUCCUACCACGACGAAGUUCGAGCAGGCCGACAAUGUGAUCACACAUGUGUUGAAGAACGCAAAGGUGGUCAAGACAAAGUCGAACCAGGUCAUCAGCGCCAUUGAAGGAUCAGACUCGCUAUGUCUAGACAUGGAAACCACCCUUGAAUUCACUGAGGGUGGUGGGGUUUAUCUCCCCUCUCUCGAUGAUAAUUUCCUGGCCGACCGUGUCGCGACUUUCCCCACGAUUCACAUCGUCCACUUCGACGCCAAUCAGCAGAUCAAGCAGAUCCGAAUUUACUGGGAUCAGGCCUCGUUGCUGAAGCAAGUCGAAGUUAUUGGAGCGCGCGGACGCCAGUGGCCCGUUCGUGAUGGAAAAGACCAACUCCGUUUCCUUAAAACCGCCGAGACGGCGCGUUCAGCACCCUCGCAGCCUUCUUCCCAAAAGACGGAGACUACACUCCCCAACCGCUCCUCAUCCCCAGCCAAGCGUCGCAUCAAAGAUCCCUACGCAGCCGAGUCCCUGACUGAGCUCCUCUCGCCGAGCAAGGAGGUCGCUGAGAUCGAAAGCCGCGCGGAAACCCCCAGACCUGCAUCCUCCAGCAAGAGCAAGAGAUAUACCCAAGACCCCUACGGAGCGGGUUCCUUGAACGAGAUUCUGUCCCCCACGAAGAAAGUUCCCGCCCCUGUGGCUCCCUUUGCGCCCGCGUCUGCGCGACCUGCCGCGCGCAACUUCAGCGAUAUCUUCCUGAGGGAUGAUGAUGUGCCCGACUCGCCCUCCAAGUCCAAGCCCAGGGCUCCCCGGGUCGACGAAGAGGAGGACAAGGCCGGUAAAGGGCCUGUCGAUGAAGACCGCCAUUUCUACAAGUCCGCCCCCGGAAAAUACGACCACUUCGAGCUCGGCGGCGACAACUUGGAGCGCGAGAUCAAGGCAGAAGUCAAGCAGGCCAACUCCAAACAGUCAACCCACUGGGAAUUCGGCGACGUCGAGACCCCGGUGAAGAGCUCGCGCGCCCCACGCGGACAUGAAGUGCGUCACUUUGGCUUCGGCGAUAACGAAGAAGGCACCGGAUCCCCCCAAGCCAAGCUGAACGUGAUCAAGCCCCGUCGCGAUGCGGACCGCCACUUCGAGAUGACCGAUGAAGAAUCCGAGGACGAUGGGCGCAUCAUCAGCUCAUUCGCGGGCCGCGGCAAAGGCCUCUACGAGAACCGCCUCUUCGAGGGCGACGACCAGCCCCAGCCCUCCGAGCACGAGAAGAAGAAUGAGCCCCUGUCCACAGACGCCAAUGCCAACCGCAAGAAGAACUCCGUUUCGCAGUUCGAGCUGGCGGACGAAUCGCCCGCUGCCAAGGAGAACAAGCCUACCCAGAGGCAUGAUGCGCACAAUAAGAUGAUGGAGUCCCAUUGGGAUAACUACGACGAGCAGUCCCCCCUGCCUACACAAAAGCACGAGGCGCACAAUAAGAUGAUGGAGUCUCACUGGGAUAACUAUGACGAGGCGUCCCCUGAGCCAGUUAGGAGAAACGCCACCGCGCAGCGCAAUCCUCGCGCCCACAACCAGCCUAGCUGGAGCCAUGAAGACAACUAA